CGCCCCCUCCCGCCCCGUGCAGGCCCCGCCCCGCCUCCCCCCGCCCCGUCAUGGCGGCUCCGCGCCGCGCCUGGCUCGUCUUCGGCUUCAGCACCGAGGAGGCGGCGGGGGAACUGGGGCCGGGCCCGGGCCCGGGGCCGCGGCGCCUGGAGUCGGGCCCCGAGGGGAUCCGCCGCGUCUGGCCCGCCUGGACCUACGUGGUCGUGGAGACCGGCGCGGGGCUGGAGGUGCGGAGCGCGGGGCUGCGGCGACGGCUGCCGCCGGGCUGGACCGAGGCGCUGCCCUCCGAGACCCACCUGGUGCUGCGGGGACCGGCGGCGGCCCGGGCCUGGCCGCGGGCGGCGGCGCUGCGGGGAGCGCUGCGGGGAGCGGCCGCCUGGAGCCGGGCCCUGCCGGCGCCGGGGCCCCGCCGCCCGCCGCCGCUGCCGCUGCUGCCCGGCGGCUUCGCCACCCCGCGGCCGCCCUUCUUCGCCGCGCUGCCUGGGGGGGUGCGGGUCCGCCGGCUGGCCCUGGGGCAGGAGCACGUCCUGGCGCUGGGCGCCGCCGGGGAGGCCUACGCCUGGGGUGGCGGAAGGCACGGGCAGCUCGGCCAUGGGACCCUGGAGUCAGAGCUGCAGCCGCGGCUGGUGGAGGCGUUGGCCGGUGUGCCAAUGCAGGCGGUGGCGGCUGGCGGGUGGCAUUCGGCCAGCGUUAGCGAGACAGGAGACCUCUACGUGUGGGGCUGGAACGAGUCCGGCCAGCUGGCUCUGCCCUCCAAAGCGCUGGCGGAAGAGCAGGCACAGGACGAGGACCCGGGUGCAGGGCCCGGUCGUUCCCGGGAGCUGAGGGUCGGUUCUUCCCCAGGGGAUGCUGAGCUGACGCCCCACCAGGAGCAGCUGGCUGCUGAGGACACCGCAUUCAUUUCCAUCCAGGCGUUCCCGGCAUUGCUGGAUCUGCCACAGGACCUGGAGGUCAGCAAGGAGGUGGCGAGCUCUACACCUGGGGCUGGGGUAAAUACGGGCAGUUGGGACACAAGGACAAUGCCAGCUCUGACCAGCCACGCCGCAUUGAGUACCUGGUAGCCGAGGGGUUGCAGGCAGAGGAGGUGGUGUGUGGGCCCUGGACCACCUACAUCUGUGUGCUGGAGCCAUGAGAGCGCCAAAGCCCCCCACUGCUGCAGUGAGGAAGACACAGGCAAGCUCUGCUCCUGCGUGCCUGCUGCUAGGACCAGCCCCAGCACCACUCUGCCCUCAGAGAUGGGGCAGGCAAUGCGCCAAGACAGGAUCUGGCCAGGUUUAGCCCACAGGGAACUGAACUCACACACUGGAACUGGACUGGCACCUGACCCUGCCCAGGCUGCAGCUGCACAAGUGCUGAAGACAACCACGGGAAAGGCUGAACAUAUUUAUUACAUCUACUUUUCAUUACUCUACAUUACAUCUACUUUACUACUCAUUACUCUACAUUUACUUUACUACUUUCAUUACAUCUACAUUACUACCAUAGUAAUGGCUGUGGUGGUGCUUCCUGUUGCAUACAAAAGACUGUCCCAGUCCCAACCCCAGCUAAAAGCUAUGCCCAACCCUCCCCAGCUGCAAGGCCAUACCGGGGGAGCCUUUGGUCACCCCACAGAUACACAAACAGCAGCGGCUAUAUAAACAUAUACGUAUUAUUCCAUUGAACAGUAUAUACAGAGUUACAGAACAAGGGCACAGAACCUGGAGAAUAAAUAACAGCAAGUGGGGGACUGUAGUGAUAACAAGGUGCAAACUAGUCACGAUCAGGGACAGACACAUACAUACAGAGCUUUGUUAACAAAAGUGCAAACGGGCCCCGCAAGCUGUGCCCAGGGCUGUGUCAUACUGCCAAAGCACUCAGCUCCCUGUCCUCUGCUAGAUCAAAGUGCGAGGGAGGGCAGAGGGCAGCACUGGACGGUGCAGACCAGGUCCUGGGGUAGGACAAGCUGGUCUCCUUCCCAAGGGCAGGGAAGAAGGCCUUGUCCCACUGUAGCUCACUUCCUUGCUAGUAAUGUGUGCUCAGGCACUCGCUGCCACAGGCUCUGCGUCUCCACUGCUCGGGGAUGGGGCAGAGGGAGCAGCAGGAUACAAGGGGUCAAGCAAAGUCUGCUAAUGGAACCUGAGCUAGAGCAAGCCCCCACUAAAACAAGCCUGCUGUGAUGUUGAGAAAGGAAGAUGCUUAUGGACAAUAGCUACAGCAAUAUGGAGGGUAAAAAAGCCUCUGACAAAAGGCACUAAAGCCAUAGGUCCUGUCUGUCCCAGAGCAUGCUCAGCAAGGCAGAGCCCCUGUGACUGAGCACCGAUGCUCACCCCAGCCAGCCGGGCUGCAGCAGGAGCCAGCACCCACCCCUGCGCUACCUUAACACAAUCUUUAAUCAUAAACAAUUGCAAGAAUUCCCUAAAUAAAAGCAAGUUUUAAAAAGUG